UACUUCAAACAUAAGCUGUAACAGAAGCCCUUGUCUUUUUUUUUUUAUUGUUUUAUUAUUUUCGAUUUUGGUUUUCUUUGCUUUUGAGUUUCUCUUCUCGUAAUCUACAAUGAAAAUUGAGAAAAGAAAAAGGGCUGACGGCGAAGAAUUUGACGGGAAAGGAAGUAAAACGCCGGAACAUGAGGGCGGUGACGCCGUCGAGGUGGCGGCGCCGGGGGAUGAGGAGGUGGAGGCAUUCUUCGCUAUACUGAGAAGAAUACACGUCGCCGUCAAGUAUUUCCGGAGGCGUAACGGCGGCCGCCAGUCGACGGCGGAGCCAUGGAGCCCGGCAUUUAAGCCGGAAGAUUUCGUCGAAGUUGUGAAAUCUACGGAAAAAUCAGAUCCACACGGAAAUCCGGGUUUGGAUCUCAAUUCAUGCCCGGCACCCGAUGAAAGGGCUUUUUCAGAUUCUAUUUAACUUAUAUAAUUAGAUCGUUACUCAUUUAUUGAUGUUCGAUUAAUUCUCUGAAUUAUUGUCUAAAUUUGUAGAUGAUAAUUACUACUCUAUGUCCCAGAAACAUCUUACUAAGUUAAUUUUGUAUUUCGAUGAUUGGAAAAAAGAUCUCAUGAGUUAAAAAUAGUGAUAAUAUAAAAAGUGAUGAUAGUAAUUAAGUAUUAAUUAUUAAAAUAAAAAAUGGUGAUUUUUUUGUGAUAAUUGGUAUAAAUAUGUGAGAAUGGUAAAAAUAAUACUAAUUAGUACUCCAUGGAGUAGUAUUAUUUUUAAAAUAAAUUAAAAAGAUGUUUUGAAGAGGGACAAAAAAAUAAUACUAAUAAA